AUGAACCAAAACGGCUACCACAGCAUUCUGCAGCAGCGCCAUGCAGAACCCUCGGGGAUGCGCCUAGUUGGUCAGGGGUUCAUCCUACAGCAAGAUUAUGACCCAAAACAUAAGUCCAAGCUAUGCCACAACUACCUUAAGAAAAAAGAACAAGAUGACCCGCUCGCUUACACUGAAGAGGUGCAGCCGAUGCACCGGAGCCGCAGGGAACAAGAGUCUAGCGUGGAGUGGAAGCAGCAGCAGCAGCAGCGGCAGCAGCAGCGUCAGUCUCCGGUCUCUCCGGUGUCUCCGCUCUCCGGUCAGCCUGCUGUCAGCGCUCAGCGCAGGGGGAGCGGAGGCUGCGGCUGCGCAUGCGCCCACCAGCUGCUACUGCGAAACAAAGAUCGUCUGAUGACAGGAUGGCCCAGUUUCAUUAGGGACCGAGCACUAACGUGCGAAGGCUCUGCAGGUUUCAAAUGGUUCGGGAGCCUCACGAAUCUCUCCAUCCGCCGGCCAUCAGAGAAGGCCAGCACCAAGGCGGCGCCGGAGCCCGAUGGGAGCCCGGCGGAGGCGGUGGGGGAUCGGCUGCACGACGACAUGGACGCCUGCCUCCGCAGCCCCAGCUAUGCCCGCUCUGGAGAGAUGUACACACAUGUGGGCACAGUGCCCCGCAGCCAGAGCAAGAAGAAGAGCUGUAAGGGGCUGAAGGAGAAGAAGAAGAAAGAGGAGGAGGAGGAGGAGAUGAGGGGGGGCCAGUGGAAGGCGGGGGAGCAUGUCCGAGACUCCCCUCUGCUCAGUGCUCUGUCCAGCCUCAGUCUGAACAGUCUGGAGCGACCGUGUGCACGCACGCUGCCCGCCACCCCUUCACCUCUGACCUCUGCAGCACCUGACCCCGCCCUCAGCGAACCUUUGGACACUAAGAGCCGAGGAUCACUUCCAACGAGCAGGGAUGCUUUAGAAACUGCUGCAGCUGUAAGAGAGGCGUCAAACAUGGCAACAAAAGCCGCCUCGCCACAGGAUGUUUACGUGCCAAUGGACUCGAUCUCCGAGGCUCGAAGCCACGUGGGCGACCACACAGUGAGGCAGCGACAGGAAACCACGAGCAGCUCGCAGGAGGUGCAACGUGCUGACAGUCAGCAGGACUUGACUGACAGCAGCGGAGAAUAUGUGAAGUUCUCCAAAGAGAAGUUCUGGUUGGAGCCGCCGUCAGAGAAGCUGAGGAAGGAGCUGGAGGAGGAGCUGAAGCUGAGCGGCAGCAACCUGAAGAGCCACGCCUGGUACCACGGACGCAUCCCCUGGGAGGUGUCGGAGAGCCUGGUAGUGAACCACGGCGACUUCCUCAUCAGAGACUCUCAGUCCAGUCAGGGUGACUUCGUCCUCACCAGCCACUGGGAGCAGAAGACUCUUCACUUCGUGGUCAGGAAGACUGUGGUGCAGUCCGGGGAGACGUACACUCGGGUCCAGUACAGCCUGGAGGCUGAGGCCUUCGACUCCUUACCAGCUCUUGUUCACUUCUACGUGGGCAGCAAGGCGGCUCUGACGCGGUGGAGUGGAGCUCAGAUCCAACGGCCGGUGAACAGGACGCUGCCGCUCAGCUACCUGGAGACGGCCUUCUGCACCGCCGUUGGCCCGCCGCCCUGCCACACAGGCAGCGAGAGGAUCUGCCCGAGAAGUCCUUCCUCUCUCCACCACAGGGAGACAGACGUAAACAGGGAGCAGGACGAGCGGCCUCCACUGACUGCUGCAGAAUCCUCUCUCUCUACUCCGUACAGCAAGACCCCUCCGUCCAGAAGCCCCAGCAGCAGCCGUGCAGCCAGCGUGGCUCCGUCCCCGUCCCUCUCCAGGCGCUCGGACCCCGGCCGACCCCUGCCCUCUCCAAACAGCACCCUCCACAGACCCCCGCCGGACUCCCCGACCCCCUCUGAUGCCGGUGGAAGCUGCUACACAGAGCUGUACCCCGGGCCCCAGAGCUACGUGGACAGGCUGCGGGCGGAGGAAGGGCCAGUCGGCGUUCACCCACUGAGGGCCGAGGACGGGAACGUGUUCUUCUCGCCGGUGGUGGAGACAGUGUCUUCUUUUAAACCCUGCAGGUACCAGUCGCCGCUGAUGCCCAAGGAGAACAAGCCUCUGGAGGUGGGCGUCCUGCGGAGGGUGAAGGAGCUGCUGGCCGAGGUCGACCCCAGGACAGCAGCCAAACACAUCACCAAGGCCGACUGCAUGGUGGCCAGAAUUCUGGAGGUGACUCCGGAGGUGCAAAGGAUGAUGGGAGUUAGUUCUGGGAUGGAGCUGCUCACGUUACCGCACGGCCAACAGCUGAGACUGGAUCUGCUGGAGCGGUUCCAGACCAUGGCCAUCAUGCUGGCGGUGGAUGUGUUGGGCUGCACAGGGACGACGGAGGAGAGGGCCGGCCUGCUGCAUAAAAUCAUACAAAUGGCAGCUGAGCUGAAGAGCACCAUGGGCAACAUGUUCGGCUUUGCUGCCGUCAUGAGAGCGUUGGAGCUGCCGCAGGUGUCCCGUCUGGAGCAGACCUGGACUGCUUUGCGGCAGCGGCACACAGAGGGCGCCAUCCUCUACGAGAAAACCCUGAGGCCGUUCAUGAAGAGUCUGAACGACGGGAGGGAGAGCUGUCCACUGUCCAGCACCACCUUCCCCCACGUCGUGCCCCUCCUGUCCCUGCUGGAGAAGAGUGUGGCGGUGGGCGAGGGGGCGGAGCCAUGGGAGACGGUGGAAGCCGGGGUGGACGUGGUCAUGUUCCACCUGGGGGCAGCCAGGACCAUCGCUCAGCUGGGGGGCAUCUACCGCUCCAACACCGAGAGCAAACUGCAAGGUUUCGAGGAGCAGCCGGAGGUCUUGGAGCUCUUCCUGACCGACUUCCAGAUGAGGCUGCUGUGGGGGAGCAGGGGAGCCGCGGAGAGCCAGGCGCUGCGAUACGCCAAGUUUGAUCAGGUGCUGACCGCCCUGUCCAACAGGCUGGAACCGCCCGUCCGGCCUCGCUGACCCCGGGCCGGUUUUUAAACAGCUUUGGUUUGUCCGGGAUGAGCUCCCCGUCACGUUCUCAUUCCUACAUGGGACUGUCGUCUGCUGGACUGUCUCCAGAUCUGGUGCCUGGCUCCGGAGCAGCUGGAAGGCGGUUAAAAAGGGAGAGCGGGAUGAUGUUUUCCAGCCACAAGUACACUUUAUCGAGCAUCGAGAGUCUAGAGUCAGAUUCCAGUUCAAAAGCACAUCAGUAUGGAUAUUUUCAGUGCAGUUUAAAUGGACUUCCACACCAAGAAUAAUCACUAUAUGGAGAACUAUAACUGUGAGCAUUCACAAUGAUGAAUCAUGAUGUUCUGGAGCACUAAGAGCAUACCAUGCACUCCAGCAUCAGAGUCCUGCAUGUCACUCAUCUUCUGCAUUAUUGUGCUUCUGAAUAAUAUUAACCCUCUGAACCACCAACUCGCUGGUCUGAAAAAUACGCCGUUUAUCGUAGAAAGUAACUGACAUUAUUGCCGGAGUUUGAACUUUCCAACGGAUCGUUAUGAGAGUCUCCAUUAGAAAAAAUGACCAAAACUUGUGUUAAAAUGUUGAUAUUUGUCUCAGAAUCUCUUUAUUCUCCAUGUGUCAUUUAAAACAAAGCGUCUGCAUGAACCAGAUCCUGUUAAAACAUUAAAUUCUGCUCCUCAGAGACACUGUGAAGACAUGAUUGAUUCUGCUGAGACCAACGGUCACGAGACAAAUAUUCACUGAGAAUCUGUUUACACAAAGCAGAGAG